AUGCGCAAAUAGAGGGCGAGCUAUCAAAAUGGCGACUUGUAUGUGUGAAGCAUGACUGUAGAAAUCAGAGAGAAUGGCUGCAUCUGCCGAGGACGUAACAUUUGGAGACUUCAGUGCUCUGUGCUUGGAGGAAUAUCUAGCCAUCUUCCAGGACCCCCUGCAAAGCUCUGAUGUUGAGUUUCCUUGGGAUGACAAGAGCCUUGCUAGGAGCACUGUGCCAAGUGCUGCAGGGAAUGUAGGGAGUGCUAACUGUACCCUCAACCAGCAAGCUUUCCUGAAACAAUCGACACUACAGAGUACUCAGGUUGUUGGUAACAAUGUGGCAGCAACAUCAGUGCUUUCCUCCGAGAGUCCUCCAAACUCUUUCUAUGGCUUGGCGAACAAGUCCUCUAAAGGAGGUCAAGUGACCAGGGAAUACCCAGAAGUCCACUCCCAGCAAUGGGUCAACCAGUCGGCCGGGAAUGCAGCCACCGAUCCCCUUGACCGAAGCUCUGCUGUGUUUGGUGGGAACGAUUCGCAGCAGGAUGACAGCUCGAAGAAGAGACGCAACAAGAAGCGCCGUGAUCCAGAGUACUACAACAACUACUAUGAUACUAUGAGCGGCGCUGAGAACGGAAGCGUGAGAGAGGACUCUAAGUAUGGUGGGACUGGAGAAUACAUGCCCCCAUCUGGGUCUACUGAGCAGAAUGAAUACCAGUCUGAAGCAGCCGCAGCCCCUACUCCUAGCUAUGAAUAUAAUGCAGAUGAGAAGAGCACAGGGAGAACUAGUUCAUAUAAUAUGGAAUCAGUAUAUCAAAGCACUGAUUAUGUGCCUCCAAGAACAGCUGAUGUGUCUGAUGAUCAACAAAUCAAAUCAGAUAGCCAUGACGAAUCAGUGCCAUCAAGUGGUACUGUUAUAAUGCCUGCUGUGGAGACGGUGAAUAUAGGUGACGUGAAUGAUGCUCAUGCCAAUACUGAGCAAGGGAAUAGCAUUGCUUCCAGUGUGCCGUCUGUACCCAUCAUACACAUUUCACCCAGCGAGAGCACAUCCCCUAAUGUGCAGAGUGGCGAUUCGUUCGAUGAGAGCUUCCCUGCAGCCACGGCGGAAGGGUUCGGAGGCCCGAAGCGAGCAGCUGCAGCGCCCUCUGCCACUCCUCCAGCAGCCAAGUCCUGGGCUAGUCUCUUCAAGGGAGGCUCUGGAGUUCAAUCAGGACAGCCAUCCAGUGCGCCCUAUGUGGCUAUCAGUGUUUCUUCUGAUCCGUUACCUGGAGAGGAGCUAGAUGACGGUUCCGUCUCUUUGGUCACAACGGAUAAGGAUCCACAUGCAAAAAGAUUAGGAGAACACUUGAGUAAGGUGAUGCCAUCACACCAUCCUAUGAACCUGCAGCCAAGGGGUCUCAUCAAUACCGCCAACUGGUGCUACAUCAACAGUAUUCUUCAAGCGUUGCUAUCUUGCCCACCUUUCUACCACAUUAUGAGGAAUAUGCCUCUCAACAACGGAGUACGCAAGUCAAGCUCAACACCCAUGCUUGAUGCCAUGUAUAAAUUUCUGAAGGAGUUCCAGGAGAUGAAGGGCCUCUCUAAACGCUCACCUCUCGACAUCCGUACUGGUACAUGCUUUGAGCCAACCGUCAUCUAUCAGAUGCUCUCUGUUGCCAACACCUCCCUCUCUGUCAAGCAUGGCCGACAGGAAGAUGCUGAAGAAUUCCUAUCGUGUUUGCUGAAUGGUCUUCAUGAUGAGAUGACUUCUCUCAUCCAGCUUUAUAACGGAGAGGAUGUCCAAGCUAAUGACUCGAAGCAGAAUGGUCCAGCAUCAUCAUCAGUAGCUGUUGCUAACGGUGAUGUAGGUAAUGGUCACCCGGAGGAAGGAAGCGAUGAUGAUGAAUGGGAGCAAGUUGGACCACGUAACAAGACCAGUAUCACAAGGAAGGCUCAGUUCUCAAGUUCCCCCCUGUCUAAGAUCUUUGGUGGCAUCAUGAGGUCCGCUCUUCACCAGCAUGGCUCAAAGGAGUCUGCCACUCUUCAGCCAUUCUUCUCCCUCCAGCUAGACAUUCAGUCUCAGGACAUCUGGUCUGUUCAGCAUGCCUUGGAUAACCUUGGAAACAGAGAGUCUGUUCAUGGUUUUAUGUCAAACAAGACCAAGAAAGAAGUUGAAGCGUUCCGUCGCAUCACUCUAGAAGAGCUUCCACCGGUCCUCAUUCUGCAUCUCAAGAGGUUCCUCUAUGAUAAGUCUGGAGGAUGCCAGAAGCUCAUGAAGAAAAUUGAGUAUGCCAUGGAGAUAGAAAUUAAUAAGGACCUUAUCUCUCCAAAUACCAAGUCUCGAAUUGGACUAGUUCAAAGAACUUACAAGCUGUUUGCAGUUGUGUACCACACAGGGAAGGAGGCCUCGGGGGGUCAUUACAUAACGGACGUGUACCACGUAGGAACCAGUGCCUGGUUGCGUUGCGAUGAUGGUAUCGUCAAGCCCGUAAAGGCAGCCCAGGUCAUCAAGCCUCUAACAACAUGUAUACCCUACUUGCUCUUCUAUCGUAGGAAAGACUUGCUAACAAAACCUACAGCUUCAUGAGAGUGCUCAAUGGAUCUUGGAAGCAACAAGUGAUGUGAAAAUCUUGAUACCGGAUUUCUAAUUUUGAAUGGAAUACCGUGGAGACCCCUUUUGAGAGGUGAUAUUUUACAAGUUUUGUAUGGAUGAUGAUGAUGAUCCUUAAGGGCAUGGAUGUUAAACGCUUGCUCUACCAUGCAAUGUCAGCUGCGGAAUAUUAUGAACUAAGCAUUUUCCUUUUCUUCUUUGAUUCUUAUGUGAUUGCUUGAAAUGUCAAAAGUAAAGACUAUUUUUUGAUGUGAUUGAAAACAUUGCACAGAAUGCUUACAGUAUAUUGCAAUGAAGAGAGAGUGGAGCAAUCUGUUUCAAACGUCAGCGUCGUUGCAACGAGUAAUAUUCUGUUCUAUUGAUGAUGAUGAUGAUGAUGAUGAUGAUAGUAUGAACUACUUGAGUGAUGGUGCCAGCAUUUUUGACUGGUAACGGGAAGCUGCAAAUUACAGUGUGUGAAAGCUGAUAUCCGCUUUGCCUCAGCAACAUGGUCGACUGCUGAUACAUUGUGAUGGUUACACAGAGAUAAGAGUCGAUCCAAACGGAGGAGAUAUGAGGAAGCAUUUUACAAAGCCAACAUGCUGCUUUGAUUAAGUAAGUAGUAUCUUAAAACGUGUCCAUCCCAGAGCUGAUAGCUAUGUAGAUGCGCCAUCAGCCUCUUUCCUGAAAGUUCUGUUCACCAAUUCGUCAAGUGAAUGAGGAUCAUCUAGUGUUGUUUGAAUUUCACCUUGCAAUAUAUUGGAAUAUGAAGCAAACUGUGAUGUCCAGAAUAAAUCGUCCAAGAACGAGGUGGUCAAAGGACCUGCAGGGCAGCUGCAGAUGGACUUUGGUGUGCCCCCUCUGUGUCCACUCUGUGCCAGGAGGAUACUAUGGAAAAGUGCUGUAUUGCUGAAGAUAGAAAUAUGAAUGUUUCAGUUAGGCUAAACUCCUAUACACUGUCAAAUUCAAAUUAUUUGUUGGAAAGGAACAAAGGAGAGUGUUCGUUCUGUCAAUUUAACCCCCUCAAAGAGAAUAAUUGGAACUUAAUAUAUGAAGUCCAUGUCAGUUAGAUUUGUCACCAAUCACCAUUUCUUCAAGAUAUAGAAUAUGCUAUUAUUUUGAAAAUAUGUUGAGUAAGAAUAUUUUCAAAGCAUGUUCAUGUACUUCAUGCACAGG